AUGCUGCAGAGUGUCUUUUCUUCGCCGGGGAGCAGCAGCGGUGCAGCAGCAGCAGCAGCAGCAGCAGCAGCAGCAGCAGCAGCAGCAAAAGAAGGAAGUGAAGCCACAAAAGAAAAAGAAAAAGAAAUAAAUGAAAAAUGUUUUUCAAAAGAAAACUUUCUUUCCCAUGACGCUGGCUAUGACAGCCUGUUGACUGCAGUGAUCUUCUUGAACCAGAUCGGCUGCGUGGCGAGGGAAAAGAGGAUCGGCUGGGCCGAUCUUUAUUUUCGAUCCCCCGCCCCUUCUUCCACUUCCCCCAAAGUUUCUGCAAGCGAGUUAUUAGCAGCAGCAGCAAAUCGUGUGCGGCUCGUGCGGACACAGCCGCCUUUCAUACACCUGGAGCCCCCAGAUAGCCAGCAGCAGCAGCAGCAGCAGCAGCAGCAGCAGCAGCCGCAGCAGCAGGAUCGCGAUCAGCAGCAGCACCUAGCCCAGCAGCAGCAGCAGCAGCAGCAGCAGCAGCAGCAGCAGCAGCAAGAAGACCGGCUAACAUUUGCCAUGGUGGACAUUCCGCCGAAUUGGAGCUCGUGGGAUAUACAGCAGCUGUGGGCCCCUCUUUGGGUGUACGUACACCUGGACGAGCAGCAGCGCGUUUGCUGGAUAAAAGCCAAGACAGAAGUUGAUGCAAAUACAAUAAUGGACAUUUACAACAACAUGAAGCAAAAGCAGUUCAAGCUGCUGAAACACACGGAGUACAGACACCUGAAAGAACAGGAAGCGGAAAUGAAACAGUAA